CUAUUAUCUAAAACGUUUCACGAGUCAAAAUGAACUGUAAUUGCGAUCACAAUUUUGUUUUUCUUUUUUUUAUUACUUUCUUAUUUGAAACUGUAGCGCCUACUUUGACUACUCAACUGGCAGCACACAAAUAGAGACAUGAACAAGACGAUCCCACCGAAACAUGUACCGAAAGUGAAUAAUAAGGAGUCAACUUUUAAAGAGUUGGCACAGUAUUUAGCAAAACGACAAAUAGAGAUUCCGCUGAAAAUUAUUCUCGUCAUCGUCGUUGGAUACUUCCUUAAUUUACCUGGACCGAAGCAUUUCAUAUUUAUUAGCAACCGCAGAAGCGAUGGUCGCUAUGAGAAGAGUUUGUGGGAUUUGACGUUCUUAUUCUUCUAUAUAUGUGUAUUCACCGCUCUCAGAGCCGCCACUAUGGACUAUAUUUUACUUCCGCUUGCUCGAAUUACUCAUGUUCCUAUCAAAAAGCAUCAAAGAUUUGCAGAACAGUCAUGGGCAUUUAUUUAUUAUACUGUUGCAUUUAGUUUUGGCAUUUAUGUUAUGUACAAUUCGCCUUGGUGGUUUGAUUCAACUUAUUUUUGGAGAGAUUAUCCAGUGACAGAUUACACCAAAUCGUUCAAAUACUACUACCUCAUACAAUUUGCAUUUUGGUUACAGCAAAUUUAUGUUCUUCAAAUAGAAGCACCUCGUAAGGAUUACAGAGAGUUGGUGCUGCAUCAUAUCAACACACUGCUACUUGUCAGUUUGAGUUAUGGUUGUAACUUUACAAGAGUCGGUAAUGCAGUAUUUGUUUGCAUGGAUCUUCCUGACGCCUUUUUAGCAUUUGCGAAAGCUUUGAAUUAUGUAGUCCCUGGUGUCAUAUGUAAUACAGCAUUUUGCUUUAUGGUUAUUUCAUGGAUGUACACUAGGGUGUAUCUUUACGGAAAGAUCAUAUUGUCAACAUUGACGGAACCGGAAUUGUAUGUACCCAUAUUCAAAUUAGAUCCGCUGAAUGGAUACUGGUUCCCCCAUUUUGUCAAGUAUAUUAUUCUUGGGCUUAUGAUAGGUCUCUAUCUGCUUAUUCUGUUCUGGACAAUAAUGAUAUUCAAAGUCAUCGUACGUAUGGUGACUAGUCCCGAAGCCAAAGAUGUUCGUUCUGACGACGAAGAUGAGGGCGUGGAUAUUUCUAUUGAGAAUAUUGAAGGUGAUCAUUCAAAACUGAAGCAGUAAUGUGUUGAUAUUGUAAAAGUAGACUAGAGCGUAGUUAAAAGAAAACCGAUACCAAUCAUUGUCUAACGUUAUCUGUCACAGAUGCGUUAACUAAUCCUUAUCUUAAUUAAUGUUUAUCACAAUAAUUUAAUUGUCGUCGAAUACUUUUUUUUUCUGUAUCUUUUUUAUGUGGGCUGCAAGUUUUAUUGCAGAUACUCCAAUAGUGUAAUAUAUAUCGGAAAUAUUAUUGACAGCAGA